CAAUUCAAAAGCAUAGCAAAUCACAUUAGUCGAUCUCGUUUAAGUUUGAAUUCUGCCAUGGAUUUCCGAAGCCUCACUAGGAGAGAGCUCCAAGCUCUAUGCAAGAAGAACAAAAUUCAUGCGAACAUCACCAACGUUGCUAUGGCGGACGCUCUGCAAGCGCUUGAUCUCGUGGAAGGUAUUGAAGAUUUCCUGAAACCGUCAGAAUCUGAAACUGCAAUUUCAUCGGUUGAAUUACCUCACAAGUCAGAUAUAAGCUCACGAAGUGUUCCUUCUAGAACUGCGCGGCGAAAGACGGUUAAAAAUGAAACUGAAACUUCUCAGACCUCGACUAGGACUCGCAACUCUACGAGAAGAAAGCUUGCAGGAAAUGAGGUUGUCGAGACUCCGAUUGUGCCUACUGUUGGACGAAGUGCAGCAGCAAAAGAAAAACAAGAUGUUCAGACACCAGGUGCUGUGCUGACUAGCCAAAAAAGGGAAGCAAAGGAGAAGAGUUCAGUUAGCCAAGUAUACACCAUUCGAAGAUCCGCAAGGUUAGCCGCAAAACGUUUGAAGGAAUCAGGCAAACAGGAUAAUGAAAGAUCAGAUCGGACCAUUACAUUCGAUAACUUUUCUGAAGCAGCGACUGAAGGUUUGGAAGUGGACUUUAGGCAGUGUUCUCUUCACUACGAGGAUGAAGUAGAGAAAGCUGGUAUUGACUUGAAAACAGCAUCUGAUGAGGGUUUGGAUAGUAAAAAAGCAAAGGAUGGUGACCUCUCAUUUGAAUUUGAGAAUCUAAACCUGUUAAACAACGAACUGAAAGUUGAUAUGCCUAAAAGCUCUGAAGAACUAGCUACCAGUGACAACUCUAACGCAAUCAUUGAAAAUAAUGUUGGCAUGCUACUGUCUAACAAACUAGGAGAAGGGGAAGAGUUGAAUGAUGACAAAGCUAAGGAACUUGAUAGCUCAUUGGAUGUUGAACCUGCCAAUUUUGUCUUGGCUGAGAAUUCCAUAAAUAAUGGUUUAUCUGAUGGCAAGGAAUCACAUAGUGAUGAAUGCUUGAAUGUGCCUGAUUCAUGUGAUGUUGAAGUAGGUUUGCAAGAUCCACAUGCCCAUGUUACUCCAAAAUCCUCUCCGGGGUUAGAUCAGGAGGUUGCUAAAAGUGACAUGGUACCUAAGCAAAAGGAUAGAGCCAAUGAGCACAAUGCAAACAAAAUCUCUACAUGUGAGGCUGGAGAUGCUGAUUUUAGCCCGGAUGGGUAUUCAGAGAGUAUAGGUAUAUCUUCUGGAAAGGAAUCACACUGUGAUGACGGUGUGAACUUGCCUGAUCUAUAUGAUGGUGAAGUUGGUCCAGAUUCCUCAUUGCAACUAGGCCAGGUGACCGUUAGUGAUGGCAUGAUUCUACCCAAGCAAUUGAAAGAGCCCAGCAAUGAACAAAUCUCUGUCAGUGAGGUUGAAGGUGCUGAUUUUCAGUGCAAAGUCCAGGAGGUUGUUGGCAAGGAUGGCAACAUACACAUUUCUGACUGUGAAGUUCAAGGUGCUGAUAUUCAGUGUAAACGCCCACAAAUUGUUGGCAAUGACAUGGUUCAUUUAGGUAAUGAGGAUGAUCCAAACACAGAAGAAGAUGAUCCAAACACAGAAGAAAAUGAUCUUCAAUAUAAAGUCCAGGAGGCUGUUGGCAAGGAUGACAACAUUAAACACAGUUCUGACUGUGAAGUUCAAGGUGCUGAUAUUCAGUCUAAAGUCCAACAGCUUUUUGGCAAUGACAUGGUUCAGUUAGAGAAUGAGGAUGAGCCAAACACUGAAGAAAUUUCUGACCUUAAAGAUGAUAAUGCUGAUCAUCAGUGCAGAAACCAAGAGGCUGUUGAUAAUCACUUGGUUCUAUCCAAGCAGUUGAACAAUGAGGAUGAAACAAACCCCAAAGAAAUUUCUUACCCUGUAGGUGAAGGACCAUUAGAUGAAGUUACAAGUCAUGAGGAUGAGGCCACGUCAGAGGAUGAAGGUACUACACAAGCUAGCUCUGUGACUUCAGAUGAACUGGAAGAAUUCAGAGGUGAUGAGAAUGGGCCAAAGGCCAAAGGAAUUUCUUACUAUGAAAAUACUACGGAAGAUAUCUUUGAGAGUUCAGAUGAGAUUUCGGACGCAGAACUUACUACUGAAGCUGGAUCUGAGAGUUUGGACUUAGAACUGGAGAAAUUGACUGGUGAUGAGAAAGAGCCCAACGAUGAAUGGCUUUUAUAUUCUGAUGAUGAAGAUGCUAUAGGUACCAACUCUAAGAGUUUAGAUGGAGAAGGGUCAUUGGAUAAAUUGACAGGCGAUGAGAAAGAGACCAACAAUGAAGGGCUUUCAUAUCCUGAGGAUGAAGAUGGUAUAGAUACUAACUCUGAGAGUUUAGAUGGAGAAGGGUCAUUGGAGAAGAUGAGAGGUGAUGAGAAAGAGCCCAACAAUGAAGGGCUUUCAUAUCCUGAGGAUGAAGAUGGUAUAGAUACUAACUCUGAGAGUUUAGAUGGAGAAGGGUCAUUGGAGAAGAUGAGAGGUGAUGAGAAAGAGCCCAACAAUGAAGGGCUUUCAUAUCCUGAGGAUGAAGAUGGUAUAGAUAGUAACUCUGAGAGUUUAGAUGGAGAAGGGUCAUCUGAGGAGAUAAGAGGUGAUGAGAAAGAGCCCAACGAUGAAGGGCUUUCAUAUCCUGAGGAUGAAGAUGGUAUAGAUACUAACUCUGAGAGUUUAGAUGGAGAAGGGUCAUUGGAGAAGAUGAGAGGUAAUGAGAAAGAGCCCAACGAUGAAGGGCUUUCAUAUCCUGAGGAUGAAGAUGGUUUAGAUACUAACUCUGAGAUUUUAGAUGGAGAAGGGUCAUUGGAGAAGAUGAGAGGUGAUGAGAAAGAGCCCAACAAUGAAGGGCUUUCAUAUCCUGAGGAUGAAGAUGAAGAUGCUAAUGAAGGGCUUUCAUAUCCUGAGGAUGAAGAUGAAGAUGCUACAGAAGCUAGGUCUGCGAGUUCAGGGAGAAAAGAAUCACUGAAUGAAUUUGCAGCAGGUGACAUUUGGCAGUUGAGCAACGAGGCAGAGAGCAAGAACAUUGAAAGUUCUGAACUUUUGGAAGAUGCUUCAGAAACUAACGUGGAUGCUGCUAUUGGGGAUAAAAACCCAGUGCAAGAAUAUGUGCAGAACUCUGCAGGAAAAGAACCAUCAGGAUUGCAGAAUGUGACUGAGACUCCUUUUGUAUUCUUGGAAUCUUCGGUCCCUAAAGGUGGCACUCCACUCUCAGCUGUGGCAUUUGAUCAUAAGCAGAUCCCUACUGGCUCGGCAGGAGCAAAUUUAGGUCACACCAUUCAGAUGAUCUGCUCGACACCAGUGAAGACAUCUUCAAUCAAGACACCAACGAAAACACCAAUUACCAUAUUGUCAGCAGGAGUAAAGUCUGUGUCGGAUGACAAGGAGAAUGUUGAUAACAGUGGCAGAAAACUGGUUCGUAUUAAGGAGAAGAAUAAAAAGCACCAUGAAGAUUGCAGCCCGAGGGAGAUCGCAAAAAGCAAUGCUAACACCAAGGAAGCUACCAGGCCAGCUUUGCAACAACUAGAAGAGAACUGUUUGGUUGACUCCUCAGGAAACACCGUUGAAGUCUAGGAUGGUGGAGCAAAGACC